UGAAAACCAUACAAAAACUUUGCUUGACAACAGCCCCUUCACACCUUCUAUCAAAUCUCUAAUGGGUUUUCUAUACACCCAUAGACACAUUCCAAAAAACAAGUCUCUUCAUUCAUCAUCUUCUUCUUCUUUGUUCAUUCUAAUCAUUCAACUCAUAUUUCCAUUUCUAACCCUAACAUCAGCCCAAUCAAGCCAAUGUAGAACUUCAUGUGGCAACAUUCCAAUCAACUACCCUUUUGGCAUUGAUGAUGGAUGUGGAAGCCCAUACUACCGCCACAUCCUCGUUUGCACGUCAGGACAACUCCAACUCCGGACCCCUUCUGGGAAAUACCCAGUUCGCAGUGUUAGCUACUCAGAUCCCCACAUUUUGGUCUCUGAUCCAUUCAUGUGGAAUUGUCUAGAUGGCGAUAACUUUCGCCCCACAAGGCCAUUUAGCCUUGAUACUAGCACCCAUUUCUCUCUCUCCCCACAAAAUGACUACCUCUUCUUCAAUUGUAGUAAAAACCAGGUGAUCAUAGAACCUAAGCCAAUCUUUUGCGAACGCUUUCCUGAAAGGUGUGAUUCGUCGUGUGAUAGUGCUAGUUAUCUUUGCCGACACUUGCCAGAGUGUGCUUCGGCAUUGGGUGGUGGUUCUUGUUGUUCCUAUUACCCCAAAGCGACCGAGUCUUUGAGGCUAAUGUUGAAGUAUUGUUCAAGUUAUACAAGUGUGCAUUGGAGAAAUGUUGGAAAUACUGCUCCUUAUGAUCAAGUUCCUGAGUAUGGGAUUAGGGUUGAUUUCGAUAUUCCGGUGACCACCAGUUGUUUGCGGUGUCAAGACACUGCGAAGGGUGGUGGAAAAUGUGGAUUUGAUUCUCAAACACAGGAUUUCUUGUGUCUGUGUGAUGAAGGGAAUACUACUACUUACUGCAAAGAUCCAAACAUUUCUUGGCAUAGGAGUAAGAGAGGAGUUGUUGCAGGGACUGUGACAGCAGUUUCUGUUGCUGGGGCUAUAGGAAUUGGAGCUGGUGUUUGGUAUCUGAGAAAGCUGAGAGCAAAAGCACCAGUAACACAUGGAGUCCAGAGCAAUGAGAAUAGAGUUUUCUGACUGAAAUCAACUAAAGUGAAAGUGUGAUACCAAACACAUCUUUUCUUUUUCUUAUUCAUAUUGUUUACUCUUUUCUUUUCUUUUUUUCUUUUUAAAAUAUACAACUUUUUGCAGCUUUACAACUCUGUCAAUGGCUACUUUUGUUUUGUUAAUUAUGAUUAUUAAAUUAUAAGAAUCAACAUGUAUACUUGUAUUAAAAGGAAAGAAUAAUUCCAGUGAUAAGUAA